UCCCACCCACCUCACGAGGUGUUGGCCAAUCGCCCUAGCGGCGGGCAUAAAGUGGCUGCCAGCCCUCAGGGCUCCCAGCCGGGCGACGGCACCCCCAGAGGCGCGGGCACCCAGCAUGCGGGCACAGCCUACCCGGAGGACGCUGUUCUGUCUGGCCCUCGGACUCUCGCUCCUGAGCUCAGCGGCUGUGGCCAGGUGCUCGGCCAGCUUCCAUGACCUGCUGGGACAGCUUCAGAAGCAGACAGCUGUCCUGCAGCGGCCCAGCCUGCUCCUGGAGCCCCAUAUGCAAGUCCAAGGCCUGAACAUGGAGAAUCUGAAGAGACUGUGCCUCCCGGAAUACUCGGAGGACUUCCCAAAGGAGGCGGCACUGCGGGCGCUCAGCAGGCCGUCCUUCCUGAGGACCCUGCUGACCACACUGGACGAGGACACCCUGCGACGGCUGAAGGAGCUGCUGCUGCAGCUCCCGGCUGUGCCCCACUACGCACUGCCCUCUGUGCGGGGUUUCAACAACAACGUGCGCUGCAUGGCUCAGCUGCUCCCGGCCCCCGAGGAGUCCGGGCGCACCCCCCGGCCCACCCCCCGGCCCACCCCCCGGCUCCCCACCUCAACGCCUGGCAGCUUUCAGUGGAAGGUGGCCACCUGCAGGUUCCUGGGUGGUUUCCACCACUUCAUGCUGUCUGUGGGCAGGAUCUUCGGGGACUGGGCGCAGACCCCCGGCCACAGCGGGAGACACAGCAGGACGGCCCCCCCGAGGAGGGGCAGCAGGCGGGGGUCCCGCUAGACUGGGGGGCUCGCUCACCCCUUCGCCGUGCACUUUAAGGGGGCUGGGGCCUGCGCGGCUCACUUCCCAGCCCCCCGCCCCCCCACACGGGCAGCUGCGUCCCAGACUUCCUCAAUUCCGGGCGCCCGGCUGGGGGGCGGGUCAGGGCGUUCCCUGACUGGCACCCAGUGGCUUCACUGCAGGCUCUGUGGCUGGCAGGCACCGGCUCCCAAGGGUCCUCCUGGGGGGGGUGGUCUUCCCAGAGGGGUCCCCCCAGCUGUGCCUCCAGCUCUUGCCACGUCUCUGGCCUUGGGCUCUCCGUGCAUGACGAGGGGGCAGGGCCUGGCUUCCUGUUCAGGGGGUCUUGGGGGUUCUGUGUGGAACCUGGACCUGGGCUGCAGACUUGGGGUGCAGCUCAGAGCAGCCCUGGUCCUGGCUGCUCCCCCUGGUGGCGUGUCGCGGAACUAGUGACCAGGAAGCCGCGGCCGUGUCCGCUAUCCCAGGAACUGCUGGCGAUUUCUUGGAAGGGACCCGAGUAAUUUAUCUAUUUAAAAAACAAGCAAGCAAACAAACAAAAAACCCCACUUCUUAUUUAUGAGGCUUAUUUAUGAUUUUGUAUUUAAGGUUAUUUUUGUAUCAGUUUCUAUUUAAAACGUAUCUGUUUUCUAA